AUGGCUCACCUGGAGAAAGAUAACUUGCGGGAUGUUUUUGAGUCUCUAUAUCAGCUCUCCCCGGACCUUAUACAGACAGACGAACGGUUCUUGUCUAUGCAGAACCCAGCACUUGAUCGUACCGAAAUUCUUCGUUCAGUUCCUCCAGCAAAUGAGCCUAAUACGAGACCGCUCUAUCUUCUCUAUCUCCUGUUGACUGAGAUAUCUGGUCCUUGGCCACCUUUGGCCCUCAUCGACUGCCACACCAGAUUGUCAAGAUGCCUCCCCGAGACGACAAAAACCAACCCAGAUGAGGAUUCAGCAUGGCUCAUUGAGAAGACAAGGACUUUGGUGAAGGAGUCAUAUUAUUCAUUCGGACAGUUUAUCCGUCAAGAUCAGAGCCCUGCCUUGCGUUCAACCAAGACCAAUAGCUUCAUCACCCACCGCGGGCUACGUAACUUUGUCGAGACCUUUCGGCUUCCUCUUGAACAUGGCAAGCGGAAGCCCAUUGUUUCUAUUGCACUCCCAAACGGACCGCUUCUGGCUGCGACAGUUCUUGCAGUAACGACAUAUUAUACUGCCGCGCCGAUCAAUGCAGCAGUUGGCCCCGAUCAGUUUCAAGCAGACGUUCUCCAAGCUGGAGCACGAUGUAUUAUCACGACAGCUGAGGAUCAUAGGAAGUUGGAAUUGGACCGAAGCUGGGUCGCAGGUGCUGGCAUUCAGAUUGUAUUUGCAGAAUGGGACCAACACGAUGGCAUUACGCUACAGACGCCGUUAGGACUCUCGUUGCCAGUUGCCGAUACCCCGAGACCCAACACAGCCGACGAGGUCGCACUGAUUCUGUUUACCAGUGGCACUUCUGGUACAAAAAAAGUAGUACCAUUGACGACACACUCCAUGAUUGCAGGUAUUGCCUUUGUGGUUGAUUCAUGGGGUCUGACGUCUGACGACGUCUGUCUAAACAUGAUGCCCUUGUUCCACGUUGGCGGGUUGGUGAGGAAUAUCUUCGCACCUAUAUUCUCCGGUGGCUCUACGAUUUGCUGCCCAGCGUUUGACCCCAGUCUCUUCUGGGAUAUGAAUGAGGAGAUUCAGCCAACUUGGUAUUAUGCGUCUCCGUCAAUGCACUCUGUCAUCUUGGCAGAGGCAGAAUCAAGACCCACCGCUUUGGCAAAGAGCAAGAUACGUUUGGCGUGUAAUGCAGCGGGGGGCUUGCUGCCAUCGCUUGCUUGUCAGCUCAGGGACACAUUCAACUGCAUCGUUUUGCCGAGCUAUGGAAUGACAGAAUGCAUGCCGAUAUCUACGCCUCCAAUGGACUACAAACUGGAUCGCCCAGGAACGUCGGGAAUCAGCACGGGCCCAGACUUGGCUAUUCUCGACUAUUCUGAUGUACUUUCACCUCCCGGCGAAGUAGGAAGAAUAUGCGUCCGAGGAGAGCCCGUAUUUGCCGGCUAUCUAAAACCGGACGGAUCAUUUGACAAAUCCCCAUUCAACAAAGACGGCUGGUUUGACACUGGAGACCUCGGAUACCUUGACAAAGACGGAUAUCUUUUCAUCACAGGUAGAAGUAAGGAAGUCAUUAACAGAGGCGGUGAACUCAUUUCUCCAUUUGAAGUCGAGAACGCAAUUAUGGCAGCCUCUAUGGCACCUUAUACGCCUAUUUCUGGUCGCAUCACGCAAGUACUGGCGUUUUCCGUCGGCCAUGACGUCCUCCAGGAGGUUGUCGCAGUUGCCAUUGUCCCUGCAGCAGAUAAGCCAAGAGUCGAUUUGAAAGCCAUCCAGAGCGCCCUUAAACAGUCAUUACAGCAAGCCAAAUGGCCCGUGUGUGUCACUUACAUGGAGGAUCUACCAAAGAAAAACAACAAGAUCUUACGCAUCAAGUUAGCGGAUAGACUCAUGAUUCCCGAACUCACAGACGAUACCCCAUACCUUCGAAGACAUUGGGAAGCAGAGUGCCCACCCCCAGAUACCCCCCUCGACGUGUCAAUUCCAUCUCAACCUUGCAUCAUCAAUCCCGACGCCUUGGCUAGUUCUUUCGCUUCUACCACACCCUCAGGCUUCCAGUUCUAUCUCCGCUUCGAUUUGAAAGCCGGAACGGCAGAAGCUUUCUUUGCGCCGACCGCUGACGGUACAGAACCGUUGAGCUCUGAAUUCUUGGAACACGUCAGACAGGAGAUGUCGACACAAAUUCACAACUACAUGAUCCCGACCAGGUUUCAUGCAAUGAAGCUACCUCUUCCAAUGUCUGAAGCUGGAAAGGUUGACGAGGCAAAGCUUCAAGAGGACUUGGACGAACUCGUCAAAGACAAGAUUCAACAGCUAUCAAACAGCACCGAGGGGAAAGUAACCAAAAUUUUCGCAGAUAUCCUAUGUUGCAGCCUAUCCGAUAUACGGCCAGAUGCCGACUUCUUCAGUCUCGGAGGAGACUCUCUCAGCGCCGGAAAACUCAUGUCGGCACUCCGUUCAGAACUCAACACAAGCAUUCCCAUCAGUCUCAUCUUCAACAGCGGAACAGUUACCGCGAUAGCAGCACAUAUCGAGAAAACUAAGGCUUCCAUAUUCUACGACGAGGAUGGAAAGUCCAAUGAUGACCAUUUGAUUAACACUGUCCAGAGGAGCUCGACAAACCCCUGGCUCAUGGCGCUCCAGCUGCUUCCUCUUGUCGUGUUCUACCCCAUGCGUAGGGCGCUUCAGUGGACCAUAUUUCUCGUGACCCUUUCCCAAACCCAGUAUUGGCCUACAAACGAGUCGGUCCCAGGACGUCUUCUCAAUCUCACAGCCUCUAUCGUUUUUGCGCAGCUAGUGAUGAGAAUGGUUAUGCCGUUUGCCGCCGUCAUCGCCAAGUGGGCAAUUAUUGGACGCUAUCGAGAAGGUAUCUAUCCAAUGUGGGGUCUCUAUCAUACCCGUUGGUGGCUCGCGCAGAAGAUCGUGAGUCUUUGUGGGGAGGGCGUGUUCGGCAUGUCCGACUACACGAUGUGUCUCUAUCUCCGCAUGUUGGGAGCCAAAGUAGGGAAGAACGUGAAGCUUUCUGGAGUGUCCUUUGGAGAAUGGGAUCUCCUAGAUAUUCGCGACGGCGCGGUCCUUGCCAAGUGUACUUGCCGGCCCUUCGCGGUCGAGGGGAACACCUCGAUGUAUCUUGGCCGCAUAGUCAUCGGCGAAAAUGCCUCGGUGGGCUUUGCGUCCAUCAUUGCUCCUGGCUCUAGCAUCCCGCCCAACACUUGCAUCGGUCCCAACUCGUCCAGCUGGGAGCUACAUGACGCGGACGAAUCGAAUAGAGAUAUCCUGCCGACCAAAGCGCCGAACCCCCACUGGCUCCUAACAAUUUUGGGAACCAUACCGCUCUUGAUUAUCGGAUGGGUAUUGUCGUUAGUUCCCUGGAUCGGUGGCCUCAUCGGCAUGGUUCUCAACCAGCCCCUGACCAGCAAGUCUCCUAUGAGAGACAUUCUGGAAUGGUUCACUCACAGCCAUCGAGUGGGCUACCACUAUCUUGCUUUGGUGCUUCGAUCCAUGUUAAGUCCAUUCUUCGUCUUUGGCUUCGCAGUCCUUGUCAAGCUUUUGUUGGACGCCAUGUUCGGGCCGUUGAAGCCUGGAGCCAACAAGGGGCGCGGCAGCAUUGAGACAUGGAGGGCAGCGCUUAUGAGGAGACUUCUCCCUGGUGCCCGUCUUCAUGAUAUCACGGGUCUCUUUGGCUCACACUACGAAGCCACGUCAGUGGCUAUACGUAUGAUGGGUGGAAAAGUUGGCAAGCGUGUCUACUGGCCGGGUACUGGUCCCGUCAUUGGGGAUUACCACCUGCUUGACGUAGGCAAUGAUGUCGUCUUCGGGUCGCGAUCCCAUUUGGUUACUUCCGACAGCAUUGGAUCGGAGAGAAUCACGAUCAAGGACCGUGCCAUGAUUGCGGAUCGUGUCUGUCUCCUCCCGGGUGUUGAAGUUGGCGAACGCGCCACCAUGGGGUCUGGUGCGUUGACUCGACGAGGCAAACUGUAUGCAAAAGGAGGAACGUUUGUGGGCUCCAAGGGCGGUGAUGCGGUCUGCUUGACAACAGGACGAGAAAGCUUCAAACGAGAGAAUCGAGCAAGCCGCUUCUUCCCCAGCGAGAAAGGAUUGGCGGACAGUGCUGCUUUGGCCCAGAAACCUAUUCCGAGUAUCAGCUACCAGGAGACUAAAGCUAUCAGCCCGGAGGUUAAGAGCACCGAUAUGUCCCCGACAGAUGCCUCGCCAUUUGGAAGAGCCUUCUAUCUAAAUCAAGCAUCUUACCGCGUCCUCGGCCCUGGCACAAUCUUUUGCUACUCAAUGUUUAUCACAGUCUUUACCACAUUUUUCUGGAACGUACCCACCAUCUCCGCCAUCCAGCUCAUCAACAGGGUGUACGACUUAUUCCACGCCAAGGAGAAGAGCGACUGGUACGCCGUCAUUCUCCUCUAUGUGCUCUCGUUUGUUUUUAUAUCCGUCCUCAUGACAGCGCACGCGAUCUUUGCCCUGGCAGUGGUCAUCGGCUCAAAAUGGCUGCUACUCGGGCGACGCCAACCCGGAAACUACGACUGGGACAAGUCUUCUUAUUGUCAACGCUGGCAACUCUUCCUCUCCAUUGAGAGACUCAGGAGGCAUUGCUACCGCGGGCACGGUAUCCUCGGCAUGCUUACGGGCACCCAUUGGCUUGUGCUCUACUUCCGGGCGCUGGGUGCCAAAAUUGGGAAGGACUGCGCGCUAUUUGCAAACGGCGAGCCGAGCCUGAUGUUUACCGAGCCGGACCUGAUUACCCUGGGCAACCGCGUCGUGGUGGACGAUGCCAGUGUAGUGGCGCAUAUCAACACCCGCGGUAAAUUCGACCUGAACAGACUUGAGAUUGGUGAUGGGUGCGUCUUACGGACAGGCAGCCGGCUGCUGAGCGGUGCGAUGAUGAAGAAUGAUAGUUGUCUCUUGGAGCACACUCUUAUCAUGGGAGGAGACGUGGUUGAGGCCAAGUGGACGAUGCAGGGUUGGCCUGCAGAAAGGUAUACUGGGUCUCGAAUGGGUAUAAAUUCGAGUAAGGAGGAUGAUGAUGCCGAGAGCGAUGUCGAGAAGAUUAUUGACUCUUACGUAUGGUAA